AUGGCGCAAUCCACCGCAGAUGGUCCGCUGGCAAAGCGCCAGAGAGUUUCUGCCCCUUCUUCGAGCUCCAAAGCGCAAAAAAAUGCUUCGCGCAUCUUUGCCCCGUUUCGAACUGUCGGCUUGGUCUCACCCACUAGCGUGCCAUUCACCUCAAUUCCCCUCGGUAAAACGACUUUCCAGAUUACAACUUCUGUAGGCAAAGCCCUACAAACCUAUGACCUGAAGCGUGGUCUCAAUUUGGUCUUCGUCACCCGACCCGAAACGCCCGCCGUUAUUACCGCGACUUUUGCCUGGAAAGAAAGAGUCUUUGCUGCAUGGGGCGCGCGAGAUGAUGGAGAGACUCGCGGCAUCUGGGUCUUCCAAAGAGGCAAAAAGGUUGACGAGCUUGCUCUCCCGGACGACCUUGACGAGCCGAUUCAGCAGAUCCUGAUCUUUGGAACAUGGCUUAUUGCUUGCGCCUCGACAAGAAUCGAAGUUUUCAAGUCAGCCACCCUUGAUCAUUACACUACCAUCCACACCAUGGCGGCGGCCAACGACGACAACGAGAUAACGGGUGGCGUGACCAUGAUGCCUACUUUCCUGAAUAAGAUCUUUGUUGGCCGCAAGGACGGCUGGGUCGAAAUCUGGAAUGUAAGCACCGGAAAGCUUAUUUAUACUAUUCUGCCGCAAUUCCCUGAGGCUGGCUCUGUUACCUGCCUCGAGCCUAGUCCGGCGCUGUCUCUUCUUGCCAUUGCCUAUUCGUCUGGUGCGCUAGUUGUGACCAAUGUGCUCACCGACAAGCCGCUGCUGCAGUUGGAAGCCGGAAACCCAGAUGCGCCCAUCACAUGCAUCUCCUUUCGUACCGACAGUGUAGGUGCUGGUACAGAUGGGCGCAAGGAUGGCGUCAUGGCGACUGCGACCACAGCUACGGGCGACGUCACAUUCUGGGAUCUCAACCGCGGCGGCCGAGUCAUGAGCGUUCUUCGAAGUGCGCAUAACCCUCCCACGCAUGAUGGAUCUGCUGUCCGGGGAGGCAUCAGCAAGGUCGAAUUCCUACCUGGUCAGCCAGUCAUCCUCACCAGCGGUCGGGACAACUCUCUGAAAUCAUGGAUAUUUGAUGCCAGUCCAUUCUCGCCCGUCCCCAGAGUCUUGCACUCGCGCAGCGGGCAUUCGGGACCCGUCAAUUGCCUUACAUUUUUGCCAUCCGAUUUUGACGGUGCUGAAGCUGGCAACAAAUGGCUGCUCAGUGGUGGGCGCGAUAGAAGCCUCUGGGGCUGGAGUUUGCGCCGCGACGGUCAAAGUGCAGAGCUCAGUCAAGGCAAUAUCCGUAAAAAGGCCAAGAAGGUUGGCAUUCUUGCCACGAACGCUACCGCCCACGGAAUGACUACGACAUUGGAAGACCUCAAGGCACCCGAGAUUACAUGCAUCGCGACUUCGAUAAACCGCGACGGUGGAGUCGGUGCUUUGCCUGGCAAGCAGCCGAUUUGGCAAAAGGGCGCCGUGCAGAAGAAAGGUCUUGACGCUGAAGUUAGUGGCAUGACUGGCUGGGAAAGCGUUGUUACGGCACACAAAGGAGACGCCUAUGCCAGGACCUGGUUCUGGGGCCGUCGUCGAGCCGGCCGCUGGGCUCUUCCCACAGGUGAUGGUUCUAAUGUUUCAACGGUUACCAUUAGCCCUUGCGGUACCUUUGCGGUUGUCGGAUCGGAGGAUGGAGGGCUGGACAUGUUCAAUUUGCAGUCCGGCACUCAUCGCCAGCGCUAUCCUUCCAAAUUGACUCCCGCACAGGCUCGUCAAGUCAAGGCCCAACAACUACGACAGGGCGAUGAAUCUGUAUUAUCGCACGCGAAAACUAAUCAGAAGUUUCUGCCCGGCACCGGAAAACACACAAAGCCCAUUACCGGCCUGGUGGUCGAUUCGAUGAACAAAUACGUCAUCUCCAGCGGAAUGGACGGCAAGAUCAAAUUCUGGGAUUUCCUCACUGGUACCCUCUUGGAUCAGCUCGACUGGGCGCCAAUGACCUACCCCACACGCUGCCGCUACCACCCAGGCAGCAACCUCCUCGCAUUUUCAUGCGAUGAUAAUUCUGUCCGUGUGGUGGAUAUCGAAACAAAGCGGACUAUCAGAGAGUUCUGGGGUCCCCAGGAUACCAUCAACGAUAUCUGCUUCUCGACCGAUGGAAGAUGGGUCAUCGCUGCCUCGAAAGAUUGCCUUGUCCGGAUCUGGGAUCUCCCAACAAGCCAUCUGAUCGAUGCUAUACGCCUGGCUAAACCUUGUAAUGCUAUUGCCAUGUCUGCAACGGGUGAAUACCUGGCAGCAUGCAUCGAUGACGAACCGGGUGUCACACUUUGGACUAAUAAGGCACUAUUUAAACACGUUCCAACGCGGCAAAUAUCCGAAAAGGAAAUUGGUAUUUUGCGUGGACCUACCGUUUCUGGGGAGGGCAAUGAGGGAGUUCUGGAAGGUGCUUUUGAAGAUGAAGAAGAUGAUGUCGAUGCGGAUUUGGGGACUGCCACAGUUGAGCAGCUAAGUUCCGACAUGACAACACUUAGUCUUGUGCCGAAGAGCAGAUGGCAAACUCUUCUGCAUUUGGACCUUAUCAAAGAGCGCAACAAGCCAAAGGAGGCACCAAAGGCACCAGAAAAGGCACCUUUCUUCCUGCCAUCUGCCGGCAAUAACCAAACGCUCGCAGAAAAAAGCCAACAAGACGGAGAUGACGGCUCGAGGUCUCGAAUCACCAAACUGGAACAGGCUCGCCUGGAGGAAGUAUUUAGCUCGAAGCUUCAAGUAGGGGCGGAGAGCGGCAAUUAUGAGGAGUUUAUCGAUCACUUGAAGUCGCUGUCGCCUUCGAGUGCCGACCUGGAACUGCGAUCACUGUCUAUCGGCAGUGGAAGUGAUGAUACGAAUGAGCUGCUGCACUUUAUCCGCGCCUUGACCAAUAGACUCAGGGCGCGACGCGACUACGAGCUUAACCAAGCUUGGAUGACUGUAUUUUUACGACUUCAUUUUGAUCUUGUCUUGGGCAGCGCGUCCUUGUUGUCGGCCCUGCAAGAGUGGAAGACGCAGCAAGAGCAGGAGGGUACCCGCUUGAAUGAGCUGGUCGGAUACUGUGGCGGCGUUGUAACUUUCCUUAGAAGCCCGAGGACGUAG